AUGUCAGACAUGGAUGAAUUGAGUGUGCAAGACUACAUAGAUAUUUGCAAGGAGGCUGGAAAUUAUAAGCAAGCAAUAUUUUGGUGUGAUUUAGCAUCCGCUCAGGAGUCAGAAGACACAAGAAAUGGCAGUUCUCUUAAUAAUAAUUUAAUGGUUGAUCUAAUAGAUUGUAAUGGCGAAGAAAUAAAGAUUCCCCAACUUAGAGGAACAAAGUCGGUCGAAUACUUACUAGAAAUGGCAGCCCUAUAUAUGUUAGAUGGAAAAGAAGUCUGUGUGGAAUCUGUUUUAAAAAGAAUUAAUCCAGAAGAUUUAGAAAAAAUGGAUUGCAGCGUGAAUAAUGAGAAUAUUUCAGGUUUUUCUGAAAACAAAACAAGGCAAUCACCAAUUGAGCUUUCUGAGGGUUUUAACCAGACCAAAUUGAUAGAUGGAGUUGAAGAAGAUAUUAGCAUGGAGAUCGAAACUAACUCCCUACUUUCCAGGAAACUUUUACUGGAGGCCCAAUAUCUAUACUCCGUACACAGAUAUGAGGAAUGUCUAUCUCUCAUAGAAUCGAGCAUUGAUCUUUCUAGUUUCGAUACAUUUAUAUCCUCCUCUAUACAUACUUUGGCAGCAGAUUCAUUUUCCUCCAUUGGGAAUAUUGAAUACGCAACUAUGUUAUAUGAAACGGCUUUGUAUGAGUCUCAUCAUGCAGUGGAAGCUUUAGAUUAUUUACUACAACUUCCAUACUCUUCUGACUCCACUAAACAAACUUUACUAACAAAUAUAAUAGGAUCUCCAAUAGGGGAAAUUGACAAGGCUUGGCUGAGGAAUUAUCUUCAUCCUUUUCAAAAUGUUGAAAAGAAUAAUUCAGAAAAUGGUACUACUGUAUUCAGAUCAGCAUCUCCAUCUCUUUCUCCUAACAGAAGAAAAGAAAAACGGCUCCUUCCAACAUCUCCAAUGAAUGUAGCAUCCAGACUUACAGUUGAUAACCCUGAUAAGAUUGCAUUCAGAAAUAAUUAUAUUGAGACUUCCGACAAUAAAAUGAUUCGUGAUGAUUUGAGAAUUUUAGAUAAUAUUGCAAUUGGGGCAAAGACUGAAUUUGGGCUUAGGCUAGCCACUAUUUAUAUAUAUAGAUUUAUUUGCCAAAGCAAUUUGGUCUGCGGUUAUAUUCUUGGGUGCAAUAUUUGGAUGCAGCUUUUCAGGAAAGAUGAAAAAGGUGAUGAAAAACACUACUACAAUUAUGGGGAUCCACUACCAACAAUUUUUAAUGAUAGUUAUAAAUCCUUUAACUAUUCAACGCCAGCACUUUGUGAGUUCAUCAACAUGUUUAGUCUAUGUAUUGUUUGUAAAUUGUACACAGAGAUUAGUAUUUGCCAAUCAUCAACCCCUAAGGAGUUAAAUGACUACCUUACCUUAUUGAAUUGCUUUAUUGUGAUUUUGGACUAUUAUGGAGGAAGCUCAGAAACUAUUAAGAAGACUUCCAAAGAUGGAAGUUUAACGUUUUCCACUAAACUAUUCAAUUCAAGACUUUUUGGAAAGAAUUCAGAUGACAUUUGUUGUGGGAUCAACUUUAAUGGUAAUAAUCUUGGGAAUGAUUUAAACUAUGGGAAUGAAAGUAAUGCAGUAACAAGUACCAAUUCUUGGUACAAGAAGCUUUUUCCUAAUAACAUCUUAGUUAGUAGCUUUUUUUUUGUAAAAGCUUCUUUCCUGUUUGUAUCUGCAAUUGGUACAGUUCACUCGCGUUCAGAAAGCUCAAUACAGACUGUUAGAAGCUUGUUGAGAACCUCCAUGUAUUUUCUAAAAAGAAGUAUCAACUUUAAUUAUAUUAUGUUACCUUCCUACUAUCUUUGGGUGAACAUUUAUUCUAUUCUUGGGCAAUGGGAUGAUGCUGUGGUCAUUUUCAGAAGAAUUAUCAGACUGUUUCCAUCAACCAAUUUGUCGGUAUCUUCAGCUACUUCUCUACUGCUUCAAAGAGUCCAACUUGAGAAAGAUCUUCGAAUUUCAGAUUUACUGAAUCAAUGUGUAGGAUGGGCUACUAAAGGACUUCAAAUUAAUAAAGACACUCCUUUCAUUCAUAAUUCUCUGGGAAUUUGUGCAUAUUAUGAAAAGAAGUAUGACAUUGCAAUUGGAUACUUCCAGAAAGCAUUUAAUUGUUUGUGUAGCCAAAAUCAAGAUGGAUCGGAGAACAUCUACACAAAUAAUGCACCUUCUACGUCCAUUUUCGAUCAAAUCUUAUUUAAAAAUCCUGGAACACCGAACUUCAACUCAUCCCUCUUUUCCUUUAAUCCUCUGCCAUUCAUCAUUUCUGUAAAUCUUGCUUUAUCAUACCUAAUGGGAGGACAUUACCAAAAUGCCAUAGACAGCUUAUCUGUAUUAUUCACCUCCAAAAAAUAUUUUCAUCAUGCCUUCUUCGAUCCCACAUUCCUUCAAUACAUUUACAUGAUUUUUGGGAUUUCUUAUCAUCUGCUUGAUAAUGCCAAAGAAGCUUGCAAUUAUUACGAGCUCUUCCUUUCUCUUCCUACUAAUGAUGAAAUACUUGAUGAACUAGAAGAGUGCCCAAACACUGACGCAAUAAAUUCCAUUAAAAUUCCGGGAAAUGAUGUCAUUCAAAUGAUUAUUUCCGGAGAACAAAACAAAUAUUUUUCAAAAGUUUUUAUCAAGAACAUUUCUGAGUUUUACCACUCCUUAAUGCAGAAUACUCAAUGA